CCCUCCAAAAAUUGCGACAGCAAGAGGGAGGGGAGCGGGAUGGUUUGCUGAUAAACCACCUUCCGAACCCUCCGAGCAGUCAGCUUCAAGUUUGUGGAAGCUAUAGCAAUCAUCUACUCCCAUUCACUUUUUCGUCCACCAGUCUGCCCACCAUGACGGUCGACAUCCCGUCUCUCCCGACCACCUUUGACCGCCCGGUCCACAUCGCCGUGAUAGGCGGCACCGGCCUGUCCAACCUGCCGGGCUACCACCCAGUCGCCGCCCUGACGCCCACCACGCCCUGGGGCUCCCCCUCCUCGCCGAUCCUCAUUCUAGAACACUCGGGCGUCCCCGUCGCCUUCCUCGCCCGGCACGGCCUGCACCACCAGCUCGCGCCCCACGAGGUGCCCGCGCGCGCCAACAUCGCCGCGCUGCGCUCCCUCGGCGUGCGCACCGUCAUCGCCUUUAGCGCUGUCGGGUCCCUGCAGGAGGAGAUCAAGCCGAUGGACUUUGUCGUGCCGGAUCAGAUCAUCGACCGCACCAAGGGGAUCCGGCCCUUCACCUUCUUCGAGGGCGGCGUGGUGGGCCACGUCGGGUUCGCGGACCCGUUCGACAGCGGGCUGGCGGGCGUGGUGGCGCGGUGCGCAGCGGCAAUGAAGGGCGACGGCGUGACGCUGCACACGGGGGGCACCAUCGUGUGCAUGGAGGGUCCGCAAUUCAGCACGCGCGCCGAAAGCAACCUGUACCGGUCGUGGGGCGGCAGCGUCAUCAACAUGAGCGCGCUGCCCGAGGCAAAGCUAGCGCGCGAGGCCGAGCUGGCGUACCAGAUGAUCUGCAUGGCGACCGACUAUGACUGCUGGCACACCACCGAGGACGUGGACGUGGCCAUGGUGAUGAAGUACAUGGCGGCGAACAGUGAGAACGCCAAGCACUUGGUGGGCGCCGUGCUGGACGAGCUGUGCAAGCACGAGAACAGCGACCUGGUGCUGGCGAAGCAGUGGGCGGGGAGCGCGCAAAGCGCCGUCAAGUUCAUGACCAAGCCAGCUGGGCGGGACCCCGAGGCGAUGAAGAGGAUCGAGUAUUUGUUCCCGGGUUUCUGGGACGAGUAAACGGACGUUGGGUGGUGAUCUCGAUUUGAGCGUCUCAUAGGAUUUGGUUGAUAGACAUGACAGACGAUAGAUAGACCUCCCUAGAUCAAUGCUUGAUGACCACGGCUGAUAUCAGGACAGGCCAACAAGCCCAAGUUGUCGAGAAUCUGUGUGUAACAUGGUAUCGUUUAGGUACCCCCAGAAUGCAGCCAC